GCAUGCUCCUCCACUGCCGCCGCUAAGGUAUUUCCUUUUUGGAGGUCCGGCAGGCUGAACCUUCUUUCUUCCAUUCUCCAAUCCGUCAUCGAAACCUUCCUCAUUUCUCGACCUUCUCGCGUCGUCAGUUGGCAUCGGCAGCCCAACAAACUCUUCAGUACUGACCGGCUGAUGACUCUUGCGCAUCCUCGUACUCGCCCGUUGCUUCAGAGCUAGCAGCUUCCGUACGCAUAUUCAACCAACGAUCACGAGCGAAGCGGCGGCCUUCUACUUCUACUUCCGUACCUUUGGAUCUCCGCGUCGUCUUUGUCGCCCCACCUCCAAGCAUCUUUUACAUCUUUCUUUACCUCGACAAAUCCCUUUAGAGAAGCGCACCUAGACUCUAAGCGAAGUGUCCUUUGACACCUAUCUGGGCCACUCUCAAAUACAGCGUCCCAAAUCCACCCAGCGGUGAUCAAUCCCCGGUCGGCAUCGGCCGCCUGUUUUUCUUGAGCAGGCCGCUCUCCCGCCUAACGGCGACACCAAAGCGAAGAAGUCGGCGAACAAGGACAACUCGCAACUCCACGACUCACUGUCCUUUCAUCAACAACUCGGCGAGAAAAAAAAAUCACCCGCAACUCACACCGAACGUUUUCUCUUCAGAAUUCAACGAACAACCAUGGCACCUCCUACUGGUCCUCGCGCCGGAACUGGAAGGGCUCCUCCUCGUGGACCCCGAGCAACAGGCGGCGGUGGCGGAAUCCAGAAGCGUCGCGCAAACCCGAGGACGGACCGAGAUGGAGAUGUGUCAAUGGAUGCUCCGGCUGGUGGCUCUGGUAGGGGUGGGUUGGCUUCCGGUGGUCGAGGACGUGGCUCCAAAGAUGCUCGAGGUGGAAGAGGUGCGGUGAACUCCCGGACAGCAUCCCGGGUCGUGCAGAACCUACAGAACUACGUCAGCGGAGGUCCCGUCGGCAAAACACAGUCCAAUAUGGCCACACUGAAGAUUCACGGUAUGAGCAAUAGCAAAGCUACCGGCAAUCGCGAUGGAGGGCUUCGGUCACUUCUCACCUUUCUGGAACGAAAGGCUUCCAAAGACAAAGCAGUUACAAUCGGCAAGAGUAUAAUGGACGGCGAUUAUGUGUGGAUCACGGUCAGAAAAGAUGACGCCCCGGAGAUCUUGAGGCUCAAUGGCUUCACCUAUGCCGGUGCACCCCUGACGAUUACGGAAACCACCGAGAGGAUGCCUCGCCCCGAAGACAAGAUUUCCAAGGCUGCUGAGGAGACCAAACAAAAAUUGACAGCAGUGCUAGCUGCGCGCUACAAUCCAGAGUUGAAGCUGCUUGACUUAUCUUCUCUUGGAACCGAUCCCAUCCUCAGCAGCAUGGGCACGUUUGAUUCCAAGGAUCGGGCCGAAAAGGCCUUCAAGGUCUUGGUAGUUAUUGCUAGUCAGCAGUACAAGACCGCUGCCGAAAAGCGUGAAGGGAUACAGGCCAUUUCCCUUGCUAGCAACGGCCUUAACGACGUCAUGCAGGUUUUCACGCUUGCUACGUCACUUCCAGAUAUCAAGAGACUUGACCUGAGCAGCAACAACCUCGACAGUCUGUCCAAGAUCUCCAAGUGGCAGCACCGCUUUCAGUACCUCGAAGAGCUUCAUCUCACAGGCAACCCCAUCACCACCCAGCCCGACUUCGUGGCAGAACUCAUCAAAUGGUUCCCAUCGCUACAGAACAUCAACGGACAAAUUGUUCGCAGCCCACAAGAGGUUACUGAGGCCCUCAAGGGCAUGCACCCCACGCCACUACCGCAGUUCCCCUCCAACCUACGGGACGGGGAGGCCAAUGUGGCGAGCAUCUUUGUCCAAGUUUUCUUCCCCAUGUUCGACAGCGACAGAGCUCGCCUCGCCGCUGAGUUCUACGACGACGACUCGUGGUUUUCGAUUCAAGCCAUUGCCAAUUCUGGUCGUAAUCUUCCUUGGAAAACUUACCUCAAAUACUCCCGCAACGUUCACAAAUUGGGAGAGAAGAAUCCAGCAACGGUACAACGUCUCUUCACCGGAGGAAAUCUCAUUGCGGACAUGUGGAAGGCUCUCCCCAGUACUCGCCAUCCAAGCAUGGAGAACCCUGGUGCCUGGCUCAUCGACUGCCACACCUUCCCCAACCUCGCGGACCCCACCGGCCACGGCUUCGCUACGGGAUUGCUCAUCACCGUCAAUGGCCAGUUUGAAGAGUCCGAUACUACAGAAAACCUCUACGGAAAGCGCACCUUCACGCGCACGUUCAUUCUUGGACCCAGCAAGCCGAGCAACCCGCCGCCGGUGCACCCAUACCGGGUUAUUAGCGAUCAACUCACCCUUCAUGACUGGACACCCGCGGAGACACCUGCUGGUCAGGCCCCUGUCGCCAACCAGGUCCCGCAGGUUCCGGUUACCAACGCUGUGCCUCCAGCAGAACCUGUCAUGUUGGAUGAUGCCACGAAGAACCAGCUGAUUCAGGAGGUGAUGAAGCGGACUGGCAUGACAGCAGAAUACUCAGAGUUGUGUCUCAGUGGCACUGCCAACUGGAACUUUGAGCUGGCACUCAAGUCAUUCGAGGAGCAGAGGGCGAACUUGCCGCCCACGGCCUUUAUCAACGCUGUCUAGGGGACAGCGCAGGUCACCAGCGUCAGCAUGGUUUGUUAGUUCAUGGUGGAUCAGCGCUAGUUGGGUAAAUACCCUCUGCCUGGAUGAGUUGGAGACAAAGGAAAAGGAAGACAAAAACUACUGAAAGCCAAGGAACGAAGACUGGGAAAGAGGAAAGGGUUUAAGGGUCAAGGAUGAACUUUGUACAAUACUUGCAUUGCCAUACUAUCUCAAGGGAGCAACGGAAUGGGUCGGUUAGCGGAAUUCUUAUAAGGCGGUCACUCGACUUGAUAUUGCGGAAACUUAGCGUGCGUUAACAAUUGAGAUACCUGGAGCUCUUUUGGGCUUUGACCAAAGAGUCUCCCACAUUCACGGUUUUUUUUCAUCUAAUUAUAAUCUCUUUUAU